CGCUACACCAAGACAUCCUUUUGAAAGACGGGUUCCACUGAAAAGCCCAGGUGGUUUUGGCACACUGCAUAUAGUCUUGAUCUUUGUCAACGCUGACGAUCACGAUGUCGACUUCGGACUAUCUUGCUCGUGUGUACCGGUCAGAAGGUGGGCCGGUUCAUGAGAUGAAUCCGACGUUUUUGAUCGAAAAAAUUUUGAGAGAGCGGAUCGUAGAAUGUGCCUACUGGAAGGAACAGUGCUUUGGACUGAAUGCUGCUUCGCUUGUUGAUCGUGCCGUUCAAAUCCAAUGCAUUGGCGGCCAAUCAAGUCACCAACGACCAACCGAGUUCAUCUGUCUCGUGUACAAACUUCUGCAAUUGGCACCAGAGGAUGAAAUCGUUUUGCAGUAUUUAAAUGCUACCGAAUUCAAGUAUUUACGCGCUAUAGCUGCUUUCUAUAUUCGUCUUGUAUGGAAAGAUGCACGGGUUUUUGAAACCCUCGAGCCACUUCUCAAUGACUACAGCAAGUUGCGCACUCUUGAUAUGAAUGGUUACGGCCUGACGCAUAUGGAUGAAUACGUUGAUGCUCUUCUUAACGAGCAGCGCGUCUGUGAUAUUGCACUUCCUCCUCUUAUGUCUCGCAUCCAACUGGAGGAUUUGGAGGAACUUGAACCUAAGGAAAGCGAUGACGAGAGUGAAGAAGAGGACGACGACGAGCAGAAGGAUCAGGACGAAAGCGGGCGUUCUACUCUGAACAGGGAAACAAAACCACACUAAGGACUAUUGAAAAAAAGAAAGACAAAAAAAAAAGAAAAAGAGAGAGUAAUAUCUUUAUACGUCACUCCCUCAGCCCGCCGUCGGAACCCGUCCAGCGUUGUUCAGUACGGCAAUUGUCUUUCUCUGCUUGUGCCUUCUUUUGUCUCUCUGUCUUUACCGACAACCUAAAACGCAAUCUCGCAAUAUUUUCUUUUAAGCGAGGCCUAAUUUUUAAGGUUAUCUAAGCACUCCCGUUUCUCACCACCAACAAAUCACCUUGUGAUGAUGACAUCAACUCAUUUUUUGUAGUCGGCUUUUUUCUCGUUCGAUUCUUUUUCGUGUCAGCCCACCCCCAUCGUACUAUUUAACAUCUACUAACCUAGCAGCA